GCCCGGCCACCGGGCAGCAGCGGCAGCUUGGGCCAGAUGUGGUCCCAGGCACAGAUGACCGCAGAGGCCUCUGCAUCUUUGGAUGCGCGGAUGGCAGAUCAUCUGCUCCGGUCUCAGUGGCGGCACGAGCACGACGAUGCAGCAUAUCGCAUCCUGGGGGACCUGAAGGCGAUCUUAAGGGAGCAGGACCACAAGGGAGAGGUCAAGAUAUUCGGCAGCUGCGCGACCAGCUUCCGAUCAGCAAAGUCUGACCUUGAUGUGACGUAUACGGGAGAUGUGGAGAAUGGACGAGUGAUGUCCACCCUCGCCACAGUCAUGCAAAGCCUCAAGGACCGUGGCUACCAGAAUGUCACAAAAGUGUUCACGUCUCAGACACGGCUUGUGAAGUUCACGGAUCCCUCCACCAACAUGGAGGUGGACUUCUGCUUGCACAACGACCUGGGAAUCAGAAAUUCCAAGAUGCUGGAAUGCUAUUGCCGUUGCGACUACCGAGUGCAGAUGUUGGGACGUCUGGUGAAACUCUGGGCCAAGAGGUUUGACAUCGUGAGCAGCACGGAUGGUUGCCUGAACAGCUAUGCGUACAUGCUCAUGGUGUUGUACUACUUGCAGUCUCUGCAACCAGAGGUAAUCCCGAACCUUCAGCAGAUGGCCAGUGCAGAAGACCCCUGCCAGAUCCAGGGUCGUGAUGGAUGGUGCGAGACAAAGUUCCUCGAGCAGGUCGAUGAGCUCCCGCGAUCGGAGAACAAGAGCAGCGUCGCUGACCUGCUCUACGGCUUCUUUCGGUUCUACAGUGAGGAGUUUGACUGGUCGCAGCAUGCCGUGUGCAUACGUGAGGGCAGGCCUGGUGCGAUCGUCGACAAGUUCGGCUUAAGCACCAAAACGUACUACGAGCAGUGGUACAUAGAAGACCCGUUUGACCUGAAGCACAACUUGGCUGGGAAAUGCAGCCAGCAAG